CUUCAGGUCAAACAACACAUGGAUACGUUUAAGGAAACAUGCUGAUGUUGAUAUUUAAUGUUGAUUAAAAAUGCACUUCCUCACCUGCAUAUUAUGGCACAUUUUCCACCUCCAGCCUCAUUUCUUUUUUAUCCCUCUGUAUAAUAUCAGUGCAUGCACGUUUCCUAACCACCACUGGGGUGAAUGGAAUGACUCUCAGCUUCAGCCAACAAUUCAAAAGUUGAUGAAAGGAUACAACCGCUAUCUCAGACCUAAUUUCAAUGAAGGUCCUGUCGAAAUUGGAAUGAGCCUUGAUAUUGCCAGCAUUGAUGCCAUCUCUGAAAUCAACAUGGACUACACUGCCACUAUCUUCCUCCGUCAGCGCUGGCGUGAUUCCAGGCUGGUGUUCCCAGGAAAUGAGAGCGUCAGUGUGGACGGACGCCUUGUGUCACUGCUCUGGAUCCCUGACACUUUCAUCCCAGACUCCAAGCGUUCUUUCCUGCAUGAUGUCACAGUGGAAAACCGCCUGAUACGCAUUUUCAGCAAUGGAACCGUUCUUUACGCUCUUCGGUUGCUAAUGAUCUUGCUAUCAAUACACAACAGCAUCACAGCUACCAUUGCGUGCAACAUGGACCUGACCAAGUACCCCAUGGACAGACAGGUGUGCACCCUGCAGCUGGAGAGCUGGGGCUACAACCUUCAGGACGUGGUGUUCUACUGGACCAGAGGGAAUGACUCAGUGAGGGGUCUGGACACACUGCGGCUGGCUCAGUACAGUGUAGAGAGCUACUAUACAUCAGUGUCAGAGGCUGUGUAUGAAACAGGUCAGUACCCGAAGCUGGUGCUGCAUUUCGCACUGCGCAGAAAUGUGUUGUUCUUUAUCCUGGAGACGUAUGUUCCCUCAGUUCUGCUGGUGGUUCUCUCCUGGGUCUCUUUCUGGAUCAGCCAGUCCUCUGUACCAGCUAGGACCUGUAUUGGAGUGACUACAGUUUUGACAAUGACCACUCUGAUGAUGGGUGCCCGCACUUCCCUGCCCAAUGCCAACUGCUUCAUCAAGGCCAUAGAUGUUUACCUGGGCAUCUGUUUCACCUUCAUCUUUGGUGCCCUGCUGGAGUACGCCUGUGCUCAUUUUUAUACCAUGCAGCACCGGACCUUGGAGGAUUUACACAGGGAUCUUCUCAUGGAGCUCAGUGAAACCAACGGAAAUGGCUUGAUCCCCAUUGUCAACUCCACCCGACCAAACCAGUCGGAGAUCGGCUCCACUGCAGAACAAUCAGUGAGCAAUGACAGCCGGAACCAUGCUGAAGCAAAAGAGAAGAUGACAGGACAGGGAUGUGGCCUUUCUUCAGUGAAGGAUGCAUCACGCAGAGCAGCAUCAGUCUUCAUUGUGAAAAACCCACAUAACAUCGAUCGCCAUGCACGUGCUGUUUUUCCCACAGCAUUCCUCUUUGUCAAUAUCCUUUACUGGCUUUACUAUCUCUUUCUCUGAGUGCUGGUUCCAAGUGGCUGCAUAGUUCAUUUUAUCAUCCUGAAGCUGCUCUACCUCUUCAUUUGAGACCCAAUAUGAGUCACCAUUGCUGGGAUUAAAACUGAUCACACAACCUUUUGCUAGAGCCUUUUUGUGCCACACAUAUAAAGAUUUCUGUCCUAAACAAGGCUACAAAUGAAUGAGAAACAGCUGGUUUGGAACAGGAACCAGCCAUUCUUCUUUGUAUCACACAUCUGUAUUGAAGGCUUUUUUGCUUUAUUACUGCCAACAUAGUUACAUGUAAAAGUGUUAAUACAAAGCCUGCAUCAACUACUGACAAAUCCAUCAAACAAACAAGGAUGAGUUAACUAUCUAUAAACAAUAGCCUGCCUGAACCGUAGCAAACUAUACCGUGCUGCACGGAACUGCCUUCGUUAAGUGGCCGAUGUGCAUUUUUUUUGUUUUGGCUUUCAUACAUUUUUUGUAUACACUAUAUAUUUACUUAACAGCAUAUGAUGUGAAAUUAAAAGUCAAUAUCAGAGAAUGUGUUUGUGCA